AUGUUUAAUCAAUUACUGUUCUAUAUUGGAACCUAUUUACUACUGUUGCAGAGCCGAAAUCAAGUUUCCGUCAGCUCGAACAUGAUGACCACCACCACCGAGGAGUCCGCUGCCCUACAGCCAUACUUUGACUUUGACGUACCGCGCAAUCUCACCGUAACCGUAGGUCAAACCGGUUUCCUGCACUGCCGAGUGGAACGUCUUGGCGAUAAGGAUGUGGCAUGGAUUCGGCAACGAGAUUUGCACAUUCUUACGACAGGGGCAUCUACGUAUACUUCGGAUCAACGAUUUCAGGUGAUCCGCCAGGAGAAUUCCGUCAACUGGACGCUGCAGAUAAAGUAUCCUCAGGUUCGGGAUUCGGGGGUGUACGAGUGUCAGAUUAACACCGAGCCCAAAAUGUCCUUGUCCUACAGGCUGAAUGUAAUCGAAUUAAGGGCGAGGGUAUUGGGUCCUUCGGAUAUAUUUGUGAAAUCUGGAAGUGAGAUCACAAUGACAUGCGUCAUCCAACAGGGACCACACGAGCUUGGGACAGUUUUUUGGUACAAAGGUAACACGCUGAUAGAACCGGCGAACCAAGAAAACGACAUUGUUUCGAGUGAACAUCGACGGAUCAUCGUUGAAACGGAUUGGACUGAUGUUUUGACGUCGAGGCUCAAAAUCAAAAGGGUUGUACAAAGCGAUACUGGAAACUACACCUGCGUGCCAACGAUGGCCAAGUCUGCCAGCGUCUAUGCCCACGUUAUAAGCGGGGAGCACCCGGCGGCGAUGCAACACAAUGCAGCAGCAACCUUUUCACGACCAUUGCUGCUACAGACGCUGUAUAUUCUUAUUCUCUUCGGUCAGAUACAGCAUAUACUGCGGUUGAACUUUUUUAGAUUGAAGGCAUGUUUCUAUGCAUCCGAUUCUAUAGAGGUUAGAUGAAACGAAGCA